AAAUUCAAUUUUCGCCCACUCGCUCGCUUUUAUCACACGGACAGAGGCGCGCGCGCACUCACUCUGUGACAGUCAAGCUUGAGCAUCAAAAUGGAGGAGAUGGACGAAACGGAAGCCGUUCCGCAGGUGUAUAUGGCAUGUGUUCUACAAGGUCAUCGGAUAGGAAAUGCUGUUUGUUACAUAGUUUGCCUACAUCGAGGACUAUGGAGAGCCAUAAUAAGCAUUCUGGCAUUGUGGACCUUGGGGAACCAUGUUAUCCCUUCCAAUUCUAGUUUUAGAAUUGGAGUUUCUUACUAUGAUUCCAGUAUUCGCCAACUUCAUGUGCUAGAAGUUUGGGAAGAUUGUAACUCAGACUUUCCCUUGCUUGAUCUAGUAAAAUAUCAAGCUCAGCCUCUGAUCAUAUACACUAGCACUAAGAGUGAAGAAUCCUUUUUGUCUGCUUUGCAACGAAAUGAUGGGACAACUGAGGCCCCUACAGUAAAGCUUGUAAAGAGUUCAAUAUUCAGCUAUGAGCAAGCAUGGCACAGAUUGAUAUAUCUUCGAGUAACAGGAAUGGAUGAUGGUUUAAACAUCAAAGAGAGAAUUUGUUAUCUGAGUUCUAUGAUGGACAUGGGAAGCGAUGUUCAAGUUCGGGCUAGUGGAGGCCUUCUUGCCAUAUUAGAGAACGAAAGGAUUGUUGAUACCCUUGAACAAAAGGAAUGUGGCAAUGCAUCAAUUACAAUCGAUUCUGUCACAGAAAUUGCACUAAACAAGUUUCUUAAACUUGACGCAGCAGCUCAUGAGGCAUUGCAAAUAUUCCAAUUAGACAAACAUCCAAGCCAUAUGGGUAUUGGUAGAGCAAAGGAAGGAUUCUCUGUGUUCGGAAUGAUAAAUAAGUGCGUGACACCAAUGGGUAGGCGCCUUUUGAGGAGCUGGUUCCUGAGGCCUAUCCUGGACCUCGAAAACUUAAAUAAUCGUCUCAAUGCUAUAUCAUUCUUUCUUUGUUCAGAAGAACUGGCAUCAUCUUUAUGUGAAACUUUGAAGUCUGUUAAAGACAUUCCCCACAUACUCAAGAAAUUCAAUUCUCCAAGCUCCUUAUGUACUAACAGCGACUGGACAGCUUUUCUGAAGAGCACAUGUUCACUCUUGCAUUUGAACAAAAUAUUUGAAGUGGGCAUUCAUGAAAGUCUUCGAGAGCAUGCAAAGCAUCUGAAUGUGAACAUUCUUCAGAGGGCUUCUUCUUGCAUUACAACAGAGCUUGCUUAUGUCUAUGAAUUGGUUAUUGGUGUUCUUGAUCUAAAUAGAGGUAAAGAAAAGGGUUAUGGGACGAUAGUGAAAGAAGGUUUCUGUGAUGAGGUAGACAUUAACUGUGAUUUCAUAAGAUGUCUUUUGAUGAAUGUUCUUUAUUCACUCAAAGAGUAUCACAUGUGUCUCUCUCUGUCUCUACCUCUCUUUAUCGUUGUCUGUUUAUUCCUUUCUUUCAUUUUUUCUUUAAUUCAUGAGGUCAAUUUGAUGGAAAAUGAAGUUGAAUUCAUCAGGUUUCAGUUGGAUGAGCUGAGGCAAAUAUACGAGGAACUGCCUGAAUUUCUGGAACAGGUGUCGUCAAUGGAACUCGCACAACUUCCUCAUUUUCCGAAAGAGAAGCCUGCUCCUUGUAUUGUUUAUAUACAACAGAUAGGAUACUUAAUGUGUUUCUUUGAAGAAAAGCUUGAUGAAACCACACUAGGUCUACAAGACUUUGAAUUUUCUUUCUCUGAUGCAGAUGGAGAGGUGAAAAAAUUCUUUUACCGCACCCCAAAAACACGAGAGUUGGAUGACCUUCUUGGAGACAUUUAUCAUAAAAUUUUAGAUAUGGAGAGGGCAAUCACCAGGGACCUGGUGUCACAUGUAGUCUUAUUUUCACCACAUCUGCUUAAGGCAGUCAAUUUUGCUGCUGAACUGGAUUGCAUUUUGUCAUUGGCUUUGAUUGCUCGCCAGAACAAUUACGUGAGGCCUAAUUUAACUGCAGAAUCAGUGCUUGAUAUACAAAAUGGAAGACAUAUUUUGCAGGAAAUGACUGUAGACACGUUUAUUCCCAAUGAUUCUAAAAUUCAUAACGAUGGAAGGAUUAACAUCAUUACUGGUCCUAAUUAUUCAGGAAAAAGUAUCUACAUAAAACAGGUUGCUCUGAUAGUUUUCCUUUCUCACAUUGGAAGUUUUGUGCCAGCAGAUGCUGCAACUAUUGGAUUGACAGAUAGAAUUUUCUGUGCAAUUGGAAGCAAGCUUAUGACUGCAGAACAAUCAACAUUUAUGAUAGAUCUGCAUCAAGUAGGGAUGAUGCUAAGGCAGGCAACUUCACAAUCUUUAUGUCUGUUAGAUGAAUUUGGUAAAGGUACUCUUACAGAAGAUGGAAUCGGUCUGCUUGGAGGAACCAUCAAUCAUUUUUUCGCUUGUAAUGAUCCUCCAAAGGUUCUGGUGUGCACUCACUUAACUGAAUUAUUUAAUCAGAGUUUCAUACCAAAGUCUGAAAAGGUCAAGUUCUACACCAUGAGUGUGCUGAGGCCUGAUGACAGCUCUGAAGAGCUUGAGGACAUCAUAUUUCUAUAUCGGUUAGUGCCAGGGCAGGCUCUUUUAAGCUAUGGACUGCAUUGCGCACAACUUGCUGGUGUCCCAGGUGAAGUAAUAAAAAGAGCGGCAUUUGUACUGGAUGCCAUUGGAGAUAAUAGACAUGUUGAGAGAUUGUGCAAUGAGAAUAUAUUAGCUCAUGACCAGCAACACAAGAACGCAGUGGACAAGAUGCUGGCAUUCGAUGUUCACAAUGGUGACCUUGACGUCUUCUUCCAAGACAUAUUUCCUUCUUAGUUCUUCAAAAAAUCAAAGAACAUGAGGAGAUCAAAGAUUUUAGACCUGCAAUCUCAGGCAUUUCAACCUCAUCAGUUCGUCUAAAGCUUUACUUCUGGUUGGUUUGACUAUAUUUUAGAAUUGAACAACUGUAUGGGUAUCUUCAAUGGUGUCUCUAUCCCUAAAUAUUGGGUAUAUAGUCACCCAACACAUUCUCUAUCCUUGUUCCCCUUCCCUAUCUCAUUCCUCAUUCAUUGCUAUUCCUCAAGUCAUUCCCUAUAUAUUAAAUAAGUCAUCUUUAACACAUUUAUUUUCUGUCAUAUUUAGCACUCUCUUACUUUUUAUAUUUUUUAACAUUCUUUCUCUAACUUUUGUAUUAUUUGACACAUUCUCUCCCUCUCCCCUAUUUUUACAAUUUUAAAUAUAACAUUUCAAUUAUAUAGAGAAUUAAUAAGAGAAUCCAUUGGGUGAACAAGCUUAAAA